UGGGCAGGAUGCAAAUUUCAUAAUUUGGCGUAGUUUGAGUAACUUGAAAGAUAAUGCAGAAUUGUAAAAUUUGUCUUGAAUCGAAUUGAAUCGUUUUUACGAGGAUGCGAUCAUCAUGGGACAAUCUAAUAUUUCAGUUUUAAAAUAUUGCCAUUAUAACUCGAAUGCGUGGCCAGUCUGGAGUUUGUAAGAAGUCGUACAAUAACAGCAACGGGGUUCGUUUCAUCAAAAGCGAAUUUUUCUAUAAUUCUACGCUUUGCAAGUGGAUCUCCUUCGCUAAAGAACUUAUCUUAAAGGAAGGAAACGGUAAACAGCGAGGGAUUGAGGUCUUGUCGUUUUGCCAACAGAGGGCGAACAUGGAUUUUUUCUCUUCACUUUCGUAGGUGAAUUUCUGAACUUUAUAGAGAAUCAUCUGUCCGCGUGUUGUCGAAUCAAUGGAGGUUGAAGGCUCUCCCUCGAAAUUCACAAAGGCGAAGACAACGCCAGUAAUAAAGUCUGUAAGCUCUUUGAACGAAGAGCUGAUAUCUCGGAGAGGAGGUGAAAGUAUGCCCGUAACGAGCGCGCAUUCAAGUCCACAGGGAGUGGUUACCAAAGCAAAGAGUGGUGGUGAAGUGUCGAUCAGUAGUCGGUCUCGUUCAUCAACAGCAAGGAGUGUUGUUCGUCCUCCACUUAUUGAUGAAAGUCUCAUCGCGGAUGAUAAUGAAGGACUUCCCUUGAUCUCUGCUGUGUAUUCAUUAGCAGCGAAUAGUAUUCAAGAUGGCAGCGAGGCGUCCGGUAUCCAGGGAAUAUCAGUGAAAGGAUCAAAAUUAGAUUCAUCACAACAGAGCUCAUCGCAGAUUACUAAGACACAGAGGGUCGUGUCUCCAACGCCAAGUUCUCCCCACAGUAACCGUGUCAGUGCUGAUGCCACUGAAGUAAAAGAAGCGUCAAAAUUCAAGACAAUAAGCGAGUCCUUGGAAUUGAACGAAAGAAAAACAAGUCCACGUCCUCAGGAUGAUGGUGAAAGAAUACAUCCUACAGUAGCCAAUUCUGUAACUAAAACUCAUUCAUCGGCAAACGUUAUGCAACUUGUAAAGUUAGUUGACAGUGUCCAUAAGCAAAUGGCUCCUACGGGUCAAUCGUUGACUUCUGCAUCUGUGAAUGGCCAGUCAUCGGCAUCAGUGCCACCGACCAGUUUAGCGAGCUCUUCUCUGGUUAAACCGGUAACGCAGCCAAGGCAGAUUGCGAUGAAACCACAGGGAACAUCAACUUCUAUAGUGUUGAACCUUAAACCAGGUGAAGCGUUACCCAAGGCAAUAAACGUCCUGGGUCCAGACGGGAAAACGGUUGUCGUGCUGUCGUUAACCGGCGAUGGGGGAAAACCUCUAUCGCCACAAGUCUCGCAAACUGGCGGAAGGAUUGUAAUUCCACUACCGGCAACUGUAUCACAGAAACAGGGUACGGUGGUGAACAAGGUUGUCAGUGCAUCUAGCGGAAAAGUCCCAAUUGCACCUCAUCCUGGAAGAGUUACUGUUUUGUCGCCUACUUCGCUAACCUCUUCACCGUUGCUUACAUCGGCCUUGGACUCUUCACUGUUACAAAAAGCACCUAUCACUCGCACUGAAAAUGGUGCAACAAGGACGUCUCCCUCCGUAGUCAUUUCAAAUGCGUCUGAAACGCGGCCGCCUGUCAUAGUUGAGAGUCAAAAUCCAGAAAGUGUAUCGCAAGGGAACUGCGAAGGAUCACCUGCAGUAAACGAGUCCUACUCAACAACGGUGGCAUCGCCUGAGGCAACGCCGUCUGCGUCGACGGAGGAAAAGCAAGGUGGGCUCAGUCCACACGAAGCAAGAAUUCAAAGACUUAAAGAACUCAUUAAAGCGCAAGAGGAAGCUGUUAAUAAACUUCGAGAGAAAAGGCGUUUGGAAAUUGAAAGAAUCAGGAGCGAUUCAACUUCAUCACCAGAAAACGAGGAGGAUGCGUUUAAACCUGAAAGACCACCUUUAGUGGAACAAAAAACUUCGUCAAGCCCUUUCGCUGUACCACUUCCACCUAAGAAAAGAUUCAGGGAACAAGAUAGCGGUGUAAAGGCCAAACUGCCGAAGUCAGCGGAAUCUUCGGUGAUAUCGAAUGAAGGAGCGUUUAUUCCGAACGGCGAUGAUAAAUCUUUCGUACAAUUAGUUGGGCUGGAAAACGUUGUUAAUAACAUCAAAUAGUAAAAUAUUUUUGCCGCCGUGAUCGGCCAACCUCGUUCUACUUAUCAACCCGUUCCUGGUGAAACAUCUAGUUAAAUAAUAGGAAUAAGCAAAAAUAACCUUCAGAUGAACACUGCUUGGCAGACUCCAUCCACUACUCUCUGCAUUAACUUUGGGUUUAUUGAAAUUUUUCUAGGGAGUUAAAAAAUUAAUAACUUGUUUAAUCGCCUUGAACUUUAUUUCAAGGUUUUUACAGCUCAAAGUUGCGUUUCACUUUCCCGUAAUAAACUUGCAAAACUCAAUAGCUUUAAAAAAAAAAAUUCUUAAGGUAACCCUGCUUUCACCGCGCACUUAAGGUUUACCUUGCGCGAGUUUUAAUUUAUGACUUAUUUUUUCACGCUGUUAGACUUACACUAAAAGUUUUGCCAUGCAUAAUAUUAAACUCAUCGAUUCAAAAUUUCUGUUGUAUUGAGUAGAAAAGCGCUAGAUUAAUAGGGUAAGCUAAAUGGGCGUGUAAGCUUUAGGUGCAUUUAAAGGACAUAUUUAAAGAGCGAUCAAUUUUUAAUUAAAAUUAUUACUUGUUUUCAAAUAA